GUGGAUCAAAAAAGUAAUUUACAAUAUUGAUAAAAAAAUGGAUGGAAAUACAAAAGACCCACUUCUGAGUGAAUCAUAUUUAGGAGAGAUUGAUGGACAAAUGACUGAUAUUUUAACGGCGUCUUUUACUGAUCAUAAUUUUCUUCUUGUAACCCAAUAUAAAAGGUUUGGUACGAUGAUACACGUGGCAUUAAAUGAAUCAAUGUUAGACAAAAAAGUAUCGAGCAUGCCGACUUUUACUACUAAAGUUCUUUUGGGUGACGACAGAGAAAUGUAUCAUGUAUUUGCAAGAGCUGUAGCAAGCUUAUUUGUUGAAAAGACAAAUAAAAAUGCAAAGAAAAUUGGAGUUCCUGGCAUUCAUAAACCAUUACUUUGCAAUUUUGCCCUCAAAAAUCCAUCAAAAGUUACUUUACAUGAGCUGAAAAACAUUUUAGAGAAGCAACUGGAAAGAGUUUUAUGAAUUCUAAAGCUUCUCGGCUACUUAUUGUAGUCUGUUCUGAAUAUUACUAUGAUUUACCUCCAUCUUUGUCCUUGCUAUGAGGAAGUAAAAAAAAUGUGAUUACUCACUGGAAUAAUUAUGUUUUGGUCUUUGUUUUAAACCAGGGCCAUUUUGAUAUUCCUAAUCGCUAUUUUUUGUAUUAAGUUAUUUUACUAUAAAACCGAUUGCAUACUUCAAACUACGAUAGUGCUCUUCGUUCGUUUGAUAUGAAAAGCUGAACAAUAUUGGGUUAAUUAUUAUUCGAUGAACUGGAAAUGUACUUUCUUUAUAUUUCAUUUCUGCUGUUGUCCAUUGAAAAAUCUUGAACCAACAUAUCAGGUUAUCAACUCCAUGUUGAAGACAUUGGUGAUGUUCUUUGUGGAAAAUUUAUGUUUUAUUAAUGCUGACAGUACCUUCUGAUAUCCUGAAUACUUCAUGGAAUGACCUUCAAAUCAUCGAUUUAUUUCAUAUUGUACCAUGUGUGGUUUAUGAUGUAUUUGAUUUACCGUUUACCUAUGAUAACCGGUCAGUACUGCGAUAUUCUGAGAAAGGAAUAUUAUUGAGCAUGUUCAGUUUGUAAUUGACUAUUUAUUCCUACACCACCCUGAUAAAAUUCAACAUGUUAAUUUGUUUUGCUUUCAG